UUGGGCAGCUUGUGUCUGUAUGCGAAUGUGUGUCGGUGGAGUAAAACCAAACUUGGCCGCUUUGUCUUUCACUCACAAAUAUAUAUAUAUACGAAGGAGCUGCAAAGAUCUAAAUGCUGAACUGGGUUCGAUUCACAUUCUCUCUCUAAAACAAAGACAUUCACGCUCUCUCUCUCUUCACGUUCCAGGUGGUUUGGUAGAUUCCUUUCGUGGAUUCACAUUUCUUCAUCGUAAUUGAAAAGCAGAAUGAACAGUGGGAGAAUAAGCCAAUGGUUACAAAUACUAGUUUGCGUAAUGAUCUUGCUGAAAACAGAAGGAUUCAAUGUUGGAAUAACUUAUGUUGAGAAUGCUGUUGCAAAAGGAGCAGUUUGUUUGGAUGGAAGUCCACCGGCGUACCAUCUUGAUAAGGGAUUUGGAGCGGGAAUUAACAAUUGGUUGGUUCAUAUUGAGGGAGGAGGCUGGUGUAACAAUGCCACAACUUGCCUUUCCCGCAUUGACACUCGUCUCGGUUCCUCCAAGCAAAUGGCGGUUCAGCUUGUUUUCUCCGGGAUACUGAGCAACCAGCAAAAGUUUAAUCCAGAUUUCUAUAAUUGGAAUAGGAUCAAGGUUAGGUACUGUGAUGGGGCAUCAUUUACAGGCGAUGUGGAAGCAGUUGACCCUGCUACUAAUCUUCACUACAGAGGUGCACGGGUUUUUGCUGCUAUAAUUGAUGAUCUUCUAGCAAAAGGAAUGAAGAAUGCUGAAAAUGCUGUUCUCUCGGGCUGUUCAGCUGGUGGGUUGACUUCCAUAUUGCAUUGUGAUAAUUUUCGAGCUCUAGUACCCACAAGUGCUAAAGUAAAAUGCUUUUCGGAUGCUGGUUAUUUUAUCAAUGCGAAGGAUGUUUCCGGAGCAGCACACAUUGAAGCCUUCUACAACGAUGUAGUUACAACACACGGAUCAGCUAAGAAUUUACCCGUAUCCUGCACUUCAAAAAUGAGUCCUGGUUUGUGUUUUUUCCCACAAAACAUGGCACAACAAAUUCAAACUCCGCUUUUUUUGGUAAACGCAGCCUAUGAUUCAUGGCAGGUAAAGAACAUUUUGGCACCGGGUGUAGCUGAUCCGCAUGGCUACUGGCAUAACUGCAAGCUCAACAUAACUAAAUGUUCAGCUGAUCAACUCAAAACCAUGCAAGAUUUCAGGAUGGAGUUUCUAAGUGCAUUGACGGGACUUGGCAACUCUUCAUCUAGAGGAAUGUUCAUCAAUUCUUGUUAUGCCCAUUGCCAGACAGAAAUGCAAGAGACAUGGCUGAGGGAUGACUCUCCAGUACUCAGUGGAACGACAAUUGCGAAGGCAGUUGGUGAUUGGUACUAUGACCGGAGUCCAUUCCAAAAGAUAGAUUGCCCUUAUCCUUGUGACACAACUUGCCAUAAUCGUGUUUUUGAUCCAGCUGAGCACAAGUUAUAGUAUAGAUAUUUUUUUAUCAAUUUAUCAUUCUUCAGUCAACAAUUCAUUUCUCAAUACAGUAAAUUAUUCAAUCUCGUUGCAAUUAGAAGAAAUUGGUCUCUUUUUUGUUUUUGUUUUUAAUCUGAGAAUUAAAUGACUUGGAGAAUUGUGUUUGUAUUUCAUGGAUUUCCAGUCGUGUACCGGUGAAUUGACAAAGUAAGAAGUGUCUUCAAAAUUGAUGUUCUGAAUAUUAUCCUUUGCCAUC